AUGGCAUAUAAUCCAGGAAAUCUGGAUAGUAGGCUCCUUUCAGGAGAGAGAUCCUCUAUUCAGUUGAUAUUUUCUUACGUGCUCGAUUGGGCCAUCAUCAUCCUUGUUGCCGCUGUAGGUGGUGUGUUGUACAAGAUCACGGGUUAUCGCCAUGCGUUCUCUCUCGAAGAUCCCCAAAUAUCAUAUCCCCUCCUUUCCGAUACUGUCAGCAUCACCGUCGUUGCAAUCGUCGCUUGCGGUGCGCCUGCCAUCACAAUCCUAGCACUAUCUCUCCUGAUCCCUUCAUCGGCCAUCACAACAUCGAGCCAUGGUGACGGAGGGAGCGUGUGGAGACGUCGACUAUGGGAAUGGCAUGCAGGAUGGCUAGGCCUUGGCCUUAGUUUAGCAGGUGCCUUCUUCGUGACAUCUGGCCUAAAGGAUGUCGUAGGGAAGCCCCGACCGGACUUCCUUGCCCGCUGCGACCCUGAUCUCUCAAACGUUGCCGCCUACAUUGUUGGGGGCCUUGGUCUCAAGCAGGCAUCAGCCCCUAUUAUGGUCACCAGCAGCAUAUGUCAAAACACCGAUGCUAGUAUUGUGAAGGAUGGGUUCGCCGCCUUUCCAUCCGGCCACUCAUCGUUCUCGUGGGCCGGGCUUCUCUACCUCACCCUCUGGCUCAGCAUCAAGUUUGCCGUUCGCUUUCCUAUGCCAAUUCGUCUCACUCCCCAAAUAGGACAGCGGGAUCGAAAUAACAGCCUCGCGCAGACUACACACGACCCCAUCCCCACUCGCUCGUCCGCAACCGCUCCGCCCCUAUACCUUCUUCUACUCGUUCUAUCUCCUAUAGGCGUAGCCCUCUACAUCUGCGCGACUAGGUAUGCAGAUUAUAUGCACGCUGGCUGGGACAUUAUGGGCGGAAGUCUUAUUGGGAUUUUCUUCGCCUGGUUUGGGAUUCGAUGGUAUCACGUUCCGUCUCAUGCUGGGGAAUUCCUAGACCACAGCGGAUGGGCUUGGGCACCGCGCUGUUCAUGGGCGGCAUUUGGGGUACCCUUUGGGACAUCAUAUGUUGUCGCUAGGGAGCCACGGAGGAACACUAGCGGUUAUGAAGAUUUGGAGCUUGGGCCUGUACCCCAGUCGACUGGGAUUGGAGCUGAGUGA